AUGGGUGUGUUUAAUCGCAAGAGCACAAGCCCACCUGGCUAUCCUAAUAGAGAUAGUUCACCGUUGAAGACCGAAUACAACGCGCAAGCGUAUUCACCAGAAAGUGGCUAUCCACCACAAGAAAUCCAUGGCAUUGAGUUCAGCGAAGAGACCAGGCUUACGCGUGGACUCAAAGCCCGUCACAUUACCAUGAUUGCAAUCGGAGGCGCGAUUGGUACCGGGCUCAUUAUUGGUACUGGGGUUGCGCUCAGUCGAGCCGGUCCGGCGUCCAUUUUGAUUUCUUACACCCUCGUGGGCUUUCUGGUAUGGAUCGUUAUGAGCGCUCUGGGAGAGAUGGCAGCUUGGCUCCCACUUUCUUCUGGUUUUACUGGCUACGCUGCAAGAUUCUGUGAUCCCGCUCUUGGUUUUGCCUUGGGUUGGACAUACUGGUUCAAGUACAUCAUUGUCACGCCGAACCAACUCACCGCAGGCGCGCUUGUGCUCCAGUUCUGGGUGCCUCGAUCUAGAGUCAACCCUGGUGUUUUCAUCGCAGUCUUCUGGAUCGCCAUUGUUUGCAUCAACUACUUUGGCGUCAAGUUCUUUGGUGAAUUCGAAUUCUGGCUCAGUACAAUCAAAGUCGGCAUCAUCGUUGGUGUUAUUCUCCUGUCUCUUAUCCUGGCACUAGGCGGGGGACCUGAUGGCGACCGUAAAGGUUUCAGAUAUUGGAACGACCCAGGCGCUUUCAGACCCUACCUCUCGACCGGCGAUUGGGGCAACUUCCUUGGUCUCUGGAAUACUAUGGUUACGGCCGUGUUCGCUUAUCUGGGAACCGAGUUGGUGGGCGUCACGGUGGGCGAGGCUCAGAAUCCACGUAAGACAAUUCCUCGCGCGAUCAAGCUCACCUUCUACCGAAUCCUGUUCUUCUACGUGCUCAGCGUAUUCCUCCUGGGCAUGAUCGUUCCUUACAACUCCGAUCGUCUCGCUUUUGCCGUCGAAAGGGGCGGCACGACCGCUGCUGCGUCCCCCUUCGUGGUCGCGAUUCAGAUUGCAGGAAUCCCUCAUCUCCCUGGAAUUUUAAACGGCUGCAUUUGUAUAUUCGUCUUCUCAGCCGCCAACUCAGACCUCUACAUAGCCAGCCGAACGCUCUACGGCCUCGCAAGUGAAGGGUAUGCUCCGCGCAUCUUCAAGCGCACCGAUCGUCGAGGCGUGCCCAUCUACGCCCUUGGAUUGUCCUCCAUUAUAGCAUUCAUAGCGUUCUUGAACGUGGCAGACGACUCACGGAGGGUGUUCAUCUACUUCGUCAACCUGGUCACCAUCUUCGGCCUCCUGACCUGGAUCUCUAUCCUUGUCGCACACAUCUGGUUCGUUCGUGCUCGCCAAGCUCAAGGAAUUCCAGAAUCUGCAUUGGCCUUCAAAGCGCCCUUGGGCGUCUGGGGCUCGUAUGGCGCACUGGCAUUCUGUAUUUUGAUUGCCUUGACCAAGAACUUCUCUGCAUUUGUCGGAAGAUUCCAAACUGCUGAUUUCAUCACGGGAUACCUGGGUAUACCGCUGUACCUCAUCAUGCUUUUCGGCUAUAAAUUCUGGUACAAGACUAAGACGGUAAGCCCGGCAACGGCGGACUUCUACACUGGGAAGGAUCUCAUUGAUCGUGAGGAGGAGGAAUUCUUGGCCCAUAAGGCUGAGAGGGAGAGGUUGGGCGGAAGGAAUGGCAGUUGGUUCUACAGGACGUUUGUGGCGUGGUUGUUCUGA